AUGAAGUCCAUCCUCCCCCUCCUAGCGGCCUCCGCCAACGCACACUACAUCUUCAACAUCCUCAUCGUCAACGACCAACAAAUCGGCGGCGAAUACGACUACGUGCGCCGCAACUCCAACUCCUACAACCCCUCCUUCCCCUCCGACAUCAUCGACUCCCCCGACCUGCGCUGCAACCACGGCGCGCACGCCAACGACGGCACCCAAACCUACGAAGUCGCCGCGGGUGACAAAAUCGCCCUCAAAAUCUUCUUCAACGAGUUCGUCGAACACCCCGGCCCGGGUCUCGUCUACCUCUCCAAAGCCCCCGACGGUACAUCCGUCAGUGCCUAUGAGGGAGACGGGGAUUGGUUCAAGGUUUAUGAAACCGGUCUCUGCGGGAGCAACCCGAGUGUGGACGACAACUGGUGCACCUGGCAGAAGGAUAGGAUCGAGUUUACCAUUCCGGCGUCGACGCCGCCGGGGGAGUAUUUGGCAAGGGUGGAGCAUAUCGGGUUGCAUGAGGGACAUGUUGGGAAGGCGCAGUUUUAUAUUGAGUGUGCGCAGUUGAAGAUUACGGGGGCAGGUGGGGGGACGCCGGGGCCGUUGGUCAAGAUUCCGGGUAUUUAUUCGGCGCAGGAUCCGGGGAUUGCGUAUAAUAAGUGGACGUCGAACCCGGCGCCGUAUGUCAUGCCGGGGCCGGCUGUGUGGGAUGGGAACUAG